AAAAGAAUGAAGCUUCAUGCAUUCAUCUUCUUAUCCCUUGCUUUGCUGUUGAGCGCCUCUGCCCAGCAAUGUGGGCGGCAAGCCAACAGCGCUGUUUGUCAAAAUGGGUUGUGUUGCAGCGAGCACGGCUGGUGCGGCACCACCGACGCCUACUGUGGGGCUGGUUGUCAAAGCCAGUGUCGCCGUCCUGGCCCAACUCCAACCCUCCCCCCUAAUGCUGGAUCUGGUGUCGGCCGGAUCAUCACAGCCGCUGUCUUCGAUCAAUUGCUCAAGUACCGUAACGACCCACGUUGUCGUAGUAAUGGGUUCUAUACUUACAAUGCUUUCCUUACCGCUGCUCGAUCCUUCCCUGCCUUCGGUACGACCGGAGAUGAUGCAACCCGUAGAAGGGAGCUAGCAGCUUUCCUAGCCCAAACUUCUCACGAGACCACCGGAGGAUGGCCAACUGCACCCGACGGUCCAUACGCGUGGGGAUAUUGUUUUGUUAGAGAGCUCCGACAAGAUGCCUACUGUAGAUCACCUGAUCCGGAAUGGCCAUGCGCUCCCGGUCAGAAAUACUUUGGUCGUGGACCCAUUCAACUCACUCACAACUACAACUACGGGCAGGCUGGGAGAGCGUUGGAUUUGAAUUUACUGAACAACCCGGACUUGGUAGCCACAGACCCAAUUGUGUCGUUCAGAACAGCCAUUUGGUUUUGGAUGACACCACAAGGAAACAAGCCAUCGAGCCAUGAUGUGAUCAUCGGAAGGUGGCAGCCAUCGAAUGUUGAUAGAGCUGCUGGAAGAGCUGCUGGCUAUGGUGUUAUUACCAACAUCAUCAACGGUGAAUUUGAAUGUGGGAGCGGUCCUAACGAUAGAGCCACCAGUAGAAUUGGAUUUUAUACGAGUUACUGCAACUUGUUGGGUGUCACCAUGGGACCAAACUUAGACUGCAACAAUCAAAGGCCUUUCGGGUCCCGAUAAAACCAUCUCCACGUACCCCUCAUAAAAACAUCUAUCUUUCU